CCUGCAUCUUCGCAACACGAAAACAUUCCGAACGCAGAUGAGUUCCUCCUAUGCUUCUCAAUUGUUAAUUGUGACUCAUGUGUGCACUCUGCUGCCCAGCUGGAUGGUUCUGCUUCCUAAGCUCUUCGCUCGUAGGAGUAAAUUUCCCCGCUUUCAUGACAUCACUCUCAUUGGACUUAGCUCGUCGGGAUACUUCCUCUUCUGGUGGGGCUCACUCCACCCAACAGAAAACUUCGCAAACAAGUAGAUGCUACAUCGCAUCCUUCCCCUUCCUCCUCCUCCUCGUCUCGACCUCUCAAUUCCUCUCCCUCUUCUAUCUCUAUUCUGCAUACUCCCAAAAUGCUCAACUUCGGUAUCAUCGGAACCAGUUGGAUAACGCACUCCUUCGUCGAGUGCGCGCACGCAACUGGAAAAUGGAACCUCGUCGCGGUCUACUCGCGGAAAGAAGAAACCGCCGCAGAGUUCGCAGGCAAAUAUGAAGGCCGAAAAGUCACGCUGUAUACGGACCUAGACGAUCUCGCCAAAGACACCAACCUCCAAGCCGUCUACAUCGCCUCGCCUAACAUUCUGCACUACUCGCAUGCCAAAGCCAUGCUCUCGGCCGGCAAACACGUCAUUCUGGAGAAGCCUAGCUGCUCCACCAGCAAAGAGCUGGACGAGCUGUUCAAGCUCUCGAAAGAAAAAGGCGUCUUCCUCAUCGAAGCAUGGCGCCACAUCCGCGAAGCCAACUUCAAGAUCCUGAAGAAAAGCAUGGAGAAGCUGGGCCAGAUCUACGGCGCAAGCAUCACGUAUGCGCAGUUCUCGGGCAGGUAUGACAAGGUGCUCAAGGGCGAGACGCCGAAUAUAUUUAACCUGGAUAUGGGCGGCGGCGCGCUGGCGGACUUGGGCGUGUAUACGGUGGCUGCUGCAGUGGACCUCUUUGGCGCACCGAAAGAUGCGCAAUACUUUCCGGUGAUCAUCAGAACGGGGGCUGAUGGCGGCGGCACGCUGAUCCUGCAUUAUGAUAACUUCGUGGUGCAUCUCUGCGGGACGAAGAUGUGGGAUUCGCAGGCGCCGAGCGAGAUUUAUGGGGAGAGGGGCACGCUGGUGGUGCCGAUGAUUACGGAUAUUGAGCAGGUUACGUUCUGGGAUCCAAGGAAGAAGAUGAGGGAAGAGUUGGGUGGGCCAAAGGAGGAGCUCAACUUGAAAGCGGAAGCGGAGGAUUUCGCUAGGAUCAUCAGCGAGAAGGAUUGGGAUGCGGCGAAGAGGUUUGAGACGCAUAGUCGGGAGACGCUGAAGAUUACGGAGAAGGUGAGGAGGGAUAAUGGGUUGUUGUUUCCUGUUGAGAGAUAGGUCGGUAGGGAUAAAGGGUCGACUCUGAGGUCAUUGCAAAAGCGAAGAGAUAGCGAGAAGGGGAUGGAGAUGAGGCGUCUAUAGACUAACCAGUUCUAGCUUAUCGAUUCCUUUGUUUCGCAACAUUUAUCACUUACUUUCGACCACCUAGGCCAGACCGCUCGCUAUGAUGCAUCGGUGACCGACAC